AUGGGCCUCCGGCCGGCUGGGGCUCCGCCCCAGACCCCGCUGCUCCUCUUGCUGCGCUCGAGUCGUUCCGUCGACGGUCCCAGCCGCUCCGCGAAGCGGAGCACAACCAGGGUCUGGGGCGGAGCCCCAGCCGCCGGAGGCCGACCCCCGCCGGGAGACCCCCGCCACCCCCUGCAUGCGCCGCACAUAAUCUACCCCACAGUCAAGCCAGCUGAUAAGGAAGAGAGGAGAAAGGGUGGAAUCAGAGCAGCAGCAAUGACCAGACUGAUUGAGUUCAGAAUUUAUACACACAAUAUCCGGUACGAUAAUAGAAAUCCUACCGAGGGCGAAGAGUUGUGGGAGAAGCGGCGUGAGCUGGUUGUGGCCAGUAUCCGGUUCCAUGCCCGAACGAAUGCUUUUGUGUGUCUUCAGGAAGCGCUUCAUCACCAGCUGGAGGAUAUAAUUCAGGGACUGAAUGGCCAGCCAAGUCAUGGCAAUUGGUCGUAUUUUGGAGUGGGAAGAGACGAUGGCAAGACCAGAGGAGAGUAUGCUCCAGUUUUGUAUCGAACCGACGAAUGGGAGUUGAUUGAUGGUAAAACCACCUGGCUAAGUGAGACUCCUGAUAAACCCAGUCGUGGAUGGGAUGCCGCUUUACCAAGGAUUCUCACUUGGACAAAGUUCCGCAAUAAGAGCCAUGGAGGCAUCACACACAUCUGUAACACGCAUUUUGACCAUGCCGGGCCGAAAGCUCGUGAAGAGUCUGCCAAACUGAUUAUCGAGCGGAUCCCCAAAUACUCGAAUAACGGGCCCACCGUUCUUGUCGGAGACUUUAAUUCUACCGAUUCCGAUAAUGCGUACUCAGUAGUAGCCACCUCACUAAGAGACACGUCGAAAGUGGUGGCUCCACCAGACCGGUAUGGCCAUACACUGACAUACACCGGGUUCAACGAGUCGGAACCAUGUACACGCAUCGACUACGUCUGGGUCACUAAAGACGUCACACCUAUCAGCUACGGGGUCCAGCAUAACCGGUACCGGAGCAUCACCUACAGCGACCACCGACCGGUCAUCGCAGACGUCCAGCACAAAGCUCGUUAG